CCAAUUCACCCUUGUGUUUGUGAACAACACUCACAACGAUCGAUUGCGUAUCGCUAACCAUGGCGGCAUCUAAGACGAUCCUUGACAUUCGUGGCAAACAGUUGAAGCUUGAAAAAGCUGCUGACGUUGCCCCCUUCAUCACUGGCGUCGACCCUACCAAACUCACCGCUAUCCACCUUGGAGGCAAUUCUAUCGGCGUGGACGCUGCCAAAGAAUUUGGUCGAUUCCUCGAGACUGCGGACGUGCUUCAACUUGCAGACUUGGGAGAUAUCUUCACGGGACGUACUAUCGAGGAGAUCCCUGCUGCUAUACAAGCACUCCUCGAUCCACUCUCACACAAGACCUCCCUUCGAGAGAUAAAUCUCAAUGAUAACGCAUUCGGAGAGCGUGUUGUACCCUUCCUUACACCCUUCCUCGAAACUAAUCACUCCAUACGCGUCCUCCGCCUCAAUAACAAUGGCCUCGGGCCUGCUGGUGGCAAGAAUAUUGCAGAAGCUGUGUGCAAGUCUGCACCAACAGAUGGCUCACGAUCAAAUCUUGAGGUUGUCAUCUGCGGCCGAAAUAGGCUAGAGGAUCCAGGUGCUACCGCCUGGGCUAAGGCGUUCGAGGCACACAAGACACUCACAGAGGUGCAAAUGCCCCAGAACGGCAUUCGUAUGGAUGGUGUUGAAGCCCUUGGGCGAGGUCUUGUCGCAUGCUCUGAAUUGCAGAUUGUCAAUUUUCAGGACAAUGCAUUCAUAGAUGUGGAGAUGGAUGAAGAAGGCCGGAAAGCUGUUCGUGCAUGGGGUGAGGCCGUCAAAACCAGCUGGCCAAAGCUACGCUUCCUAGACCUCUCUGACUGCAUGCUCUCGAACGGGGAAGGCGAAGUGCCACCACUCCUAGAAGCUUUCAACGAUGCGAAUACGAAGAACCUACAGAAUCUUCAGGAGCUACGAUUGCAGAACAACAACCUCGAUGCCAAAAGCUACGAGGUCCUCGCCCAAGCCGUGACGAAGUUGACCAAGCUGAAACGGCUAGACCUGCAGGACAAUGAUGACGUUGAGGAUAACGAACAUCUAGAUGACAUCGCCGAACACCUGAAAGCUCACGGCGGCAAGCUUAUCCGUACGGAAGAGGACGAAGAGGAGGAGGAAGACGACGAAGAUAAUGUCGAAGAGUCACCAGAGGAGGCUGAGGAAGCGGAGGAAAUUCCUGCUCCACUGGCAACGGAGGAGAAAUCAACCUUCGAGAUGGUUGCAGACACACUCGCCAACCUCAUGAGCAAAGUGCAUGUUGGUUGAACCUCAAAUUCUAAUGUGUAGACCUUUUAUUGUACGCCACAACUCCCGGAUCGCAAAUUACCAUGUAUACCAAUUCUAUCGUACAAUAGCAGCAGUUAAGUAUCUCGGUUUUCGAAAGGGUGUCAGAAGAGUAGAAUGUACGCAUUGUGUUCCUAAUUCUAAGUUCCAUUGAACCGAAAAAA